UUUUUGGUCAUUACAAAGAAGACAUGGGCUAAUGAUAUUUUUGGUCAACAACACGGGCUCAUAGUUUAUCUUCCAUACCUGGCCCAGUAACAUCUUUUCUUAGGCCCAAGCCCUCGCAACUAAAAACACCAUCCACGUAAUUUUGCACAACGAAACCCGGGUCACACACUCACAAACCGCGAAACGGCGCCGUUUUAAACUGGACUCAGGAUAUAAAAAACUGGUGCAUUCGAAAUGCAGAAGAAAAACGGUAAUGGAAUUGCUCAAGUUUUCCAAGUUCAAGCUCCAACUUCAAUCUCUCAUCACCGAAGUUCGAGAUCUCAGGGACAGAGAACGCUCCACCACCGAGCAGAAUGACCACCUAAUCCAGAAGCAUAAGCGGAUUGAGGAAGAGUGUAGCCGAAAGAUACAGGAAUUGCAGGACGAGUUGGGUUCUGUCAGAGAAGAGCGGCAGAAAUUGGAGAGAAAGGUGAAUUACCUUCAGAAUGACAAUGUGCUGCUUGAAAACAAGCACAAAGAGUUGAACGAAACCCUAAAUGGCUUACUUCAGUCUAGGGAAAGCUUUGUGAAUGCUUACGAGGAAUCUACUUCUCAUAUGAAACGUACAAUCGAAUCUAAAGAUAGGAUGCUUGGUGUCCUUUCAGAGAAGAUAAACUCUCAUCUAUUAUUAUUUGAUUCUAUAGCGAAGGAGGUGUUUUAUAUCAAGCAGACUGUGGAUAAAGUCCAGAACACUGUCAAUGAUAAAGAAGAAGUUGUGAUCAGCUUGAAAAACAAAAUGGAUCGGGUCUCUGCGUUUGAAAAUGAGUUUAUUGGACAUAUUUCUGACCAAAGGAAUAGACUGGAAAAUAACGAGGCUGCAUUAAGAAGAAAGGAUAGAGUCAUCUCAGAACUUGAAGCAAAGCUGGAUAGAGAAAAACUUAGCAAUAAUAGCCAAUCUCAAAUAGAAGAUCUUCAGAAAACUUUAUCAGCAAAGGAUGCAGAGAUACAUAAUUUGAUUUCAGACAAAGAGGCAUUACAUUAUGAAGUUGGAAGCUUAAGACUCAUAUUACAGAGGAUUCGGGACACUGUCACAAAUAUGAAUGAAGAGGACAAAAGGUUAUUCUCAUCAAUUUUGCAACAUAAAGAAGCAAGUGAAAUGGACAUAAAGAUUGCAGAUAAUAGGAUGGAAGAUAUUGUUCAAAACAAUAAAGUGGAGACUCAAGAACCUUCUUGAUCGGUCUCUUACAACUUACAAGGCACAGUCAAAAGAGGACUACGCAUUUUCCUUGAAGGUUUUCCCCCCUCUCAGGCUUCAGUGUUAGCAAUUGGCUGUUCUGUCUGAUCUUCAAAUAACCAAAGAAACACCUACUUGCAGUUUCCUUAAUUGAUCUUUGUGAAUGAUUUUUUUUAGUUUAGCUGUUUGUUUUAGGAUUUGUCAUUUAUUUCCACAUUUUCAGCAAUAAAUUGAAAUUCCUCUGACUAUUGUUGCAAAGUGAUUUCAGUUUCUUAGAUUAAAUCAAAGACCAAAAAAUGAACAGCAACCAUGUGCUGAAAACAUGUAACCCUGUAUAUUUAUCAAAACAUCUAAGAGACAUUAUGUA